UUUCCCUCCCGCUCGCAGUUUCCGCCAUAGAAAGGAAAUGUUGACUUGGUGUGUUUAGCUGAAGUUUGCGAAGGUUUCUGUCGAAGUGCUCUUUGUAUUGUACUGUUCAGCAUGUCGGAUACAUGGAGCAGCAUCCAGGCGCACAAAAAGCAGGUGGACUCUCUCCGAGAGAGGAUCCAGAGGAGGAGGCGAGACCCCGCGCAGCUGGGCGCCAUCGAGGUUGGAGGUGUUGAUGGGGGAACCACACGAAGUGACAGUCCUGGGCCAACUGUCCAAACCCCUGCACAGGUAGAGGUGGAGCGUCCGCCAGACCCUGAAUUAGAGCGAAGACUUCUGGGAUACUUGUCCGAACUGAGUCUGUCACUACCCACUGAUUCUCUUGCCAUCACCAACCAGCUCAACUGUUCUGAAUCACCUGUAUCCCACACCUGUAUCCAGAGUCUUCUACUCAAGUUUUCUGCUCAAGAGUUGAUCGAAGUCCGGCAGCCAACCAUCACUACCUCGUCUUCUUCCUCUUCCUCAUGCACCUUGGUCAUCUCGGUAGAUCAUACAAAACUAUGGGCUAUGAUUGGCAGUUCCUCAGCCCAACCUCAAAGGACUGGUGUCAAAAGGAAAGGUGAUGAUUCCGUUCACCAAAAAAGGGGCCCUGGCUCCUCCCCUCUGCUACCCUCUCCAUCAUCACCACCCAAGACUUCAUCUAUUUCCCUGGCAUCGUCAUCUAAUUCACAGACAGGGACUUCUGAUUGGAAGAUGGGAGGUGCUGGAGCUGGGGCUGAGAAAAAAGGGCGAACCAAUAAGGGCAAGACGUCUCAUGUGGACAUGGAGAUAGAAAGCCUGUUGAGCCAGCAGUCAACCAAGGAGCAGCAGAGCAAAAAGGUAAGCAGGGAGAUCCUUGAGCUAUUGAACACUAGUUCAGCCAGGGAGCAGUCCAUUGUGGAGAAGUUCCGUUCAAGAGGUCGAGCACAGGUACAGGAAUUCUGUGAUCAUGGGACUAAAGAAGAGUGUAUGCGGUAUGGAGACACCCCACAACCCUGCAACAAGCUUCACUUCAGGCGAAUCAUCAACAAGCACACAGACGAAAGCUUGGGUGACUGCUCCUUCUUGAACACCUGUUUCCACAUGGACACAUGCAAAUACGUGCACUAUGAGAUUGACAGCCCACCUGAGGCUGAGAGCGGCACAUUGGGACCACAAGCAGGGGCCGCUGAACUGGGCCUGCAUUCUGGAGAUGCGGACAGCAACGUGGGGAAACUGUUCCCAGCGCAGUGGAUCUGCUGUGAUAUACGCUACCUGGAUGUGUCCAUCCUGGGGAAAUUUGCUGUGGUGAUGGCUGAUCCUCCAUGGGACAUCCACAUGGAGCUUCCAUAUGGAACGUUGACUGAUGACGAGAUGAGAAAACUCAACAUCCCAAUUCUCCAGGACGAUGGCUUCUUGUUCCUCUGGGUCACUGGCAGAGCUAUGGAGCUUGGCAGAGAGUGUCUGAGCCUCUGGGGAUAUGAACGUGUUGACGAGAUCAUUUGGGUAAAGACCAACCAGCUCCAGCGGAUCAUUCGCACAGGCAGGACUGGACAUUGGCUGAACCACGGCAAAGAACACUGCUUAGUGGGAGUGAAAGGAAACCCUCAGGGAUUCAACAGAGGCCUGGACUGUGAUGUGAUCGUUGCAGAGGUCCGUUCGACAAGUCACAAGCCAGAUGAGAUAUAUGGCAUGAUUGAGCGUUUAUCUCCUGGCACUAGGAAGAUUGAGCUCUUUGGAAGGCCACACAAUGUCCAGCCAAACUGGGUAACUUUGGGAAAUCAAUUGGAUGGAAUUCACUUAUUGGACCCUGAUGUAGUAGCUCGCUUCAAGAAGCGCUAUCCAGACGGAGUGAUCUCCAAACCCAAAAACAUGUGAAGAAACUCAUGACUGACACAUGUAGAGUCCUCUCAGAAACUUGCAGGUUACAGGAUAGUUUAAAGACUGGUUAUGUCCAGCCUGUGAAUAUUUUUGUAUUGUCAUGUGUUUUUAAUAAAACAGCAGAGUGAAAGUGUUUUUAGAACUGUUUUUAAUAGCAAAAUGGCACAUACAGAUCAUAAAGUCAUUUUUGAGACAGAGCUCUAUGAGAGCAAUGGACAGUUUAAAAAGUUUUUUUUGUUUAAAUUUGACCAAACAAAAAUUUAGCACAACGUUUUCUUGCAUUCUGUCAAACAAAUGUAGACCUUAUUGUUUUUGUAAUUUUUUUUAAAUGCAGAGAAAUGUAAUUUUGCCAUUAAUGAAAUCUCAGUAUUAACCUCGUUUUUGUUAAUCACAUUUUUUGUUAAAAUCUGCAAACCUUUUUUUGUUAAAAACAUGCAACACACUUUUUGAACGGUGUUAUGGUGGUUGACGAGAUGAGUUUGAAGGUGUCUUGACAAUCACCAACCGUACUCUAGGAUAAACGUAAACCUGUUUGCUGUAAUAUCGCUACUUGAUGCUGUAAAAGCAUGAAGCAUUUAGAAUGAACAACUGUGUAGUAUUUAACAAAUUGUGUCUGCAUACUAACCAAUCUGUGCUCUAUGUCAGUAUAAGAGGCAAAAGGAAAAGAGCACUUGUAAAGAAACCAAAAUGGUCUUGAAAAGAAAAGAGCCCCUUGUUUUGUAGGCCAGAAAAAAUACCUCUACCUCUUUUUACUGAUAGUAUUUGCAUGUAGGGUUUGUUAGCUAAGAAUAAUAAGAACGGAAUAAUUUUUGCUUGUGAAUUGAAAACGUGACAAACAUUUCCACAGAACAAUCAACUCUAAGCAGACAUCUGUGUAGAAGUACCAGACAGUAUGAAAGGCCAUGCCAAGGGAAGUGAGCAGGACAGAAACUAAAGAACCCAGAAAGCACUUUUUGUAGUCUCAUUAACAUCUCUCCAUAAAAGCUCAGGACCUUCAUUUUUCCCUUCUUCCCUCUCCAGUGUAACUCUGCCAGUCAGUGGUGUUUUGGUGGCAAACACACUGACCGAUUCCAUCUUCGUG